CGGAAAUUCAAGCUCGUAAUCCGGUUCACAUCUAAAUAGUUUUAUGUUUGAAGGAAUGUUGACGUUAUUCAAAAAGUGUGGUUAUUGUAUGUUUACCGCCAAAUUUACUCGGUUCUUUGUCAGAAAAAUUCAAAUUACAUCCACUGUAUUAUUAUUUGAAUUGGAGCUGUUUAUUUUACAGGAGCAAAAUGGUUAACAAACCGAUCAAUAGAAUGUACGUUCUUAAAAGAGAUGGAAGGAAAGAAGAAAUCCUACUGGACAAAAUCACAUCCAGAAUAAAGAAACUUUGCUAUGGCCUAGAUAUGGAUUAUGUGGAGCCAGUCUCAAUUAUGUUGAAAGUGGUUAAUGCCAUACAUCCUGGAAUAACCACUGUGGAACUAGAUACUCUUGCCGCAGAAACAGCUGCAUCUGUGAACGAUCAUCCUGAUUAUGCCACACUAGCUGCAAGAAUUGCUAUUUCAAAUUUGCAAAAAGAAACCAAGAAACAAUUUAGUGAGGUUAUCGAUGAUCUGUACAACUGCUAUGAUCGUCAGUCUAAGAAACACAACCCUAUUAUCUCAAAAGAACAUCAUGACAUCAUCAUGCAAAAUGCUGACCGUUUGAACUCUUGUAUAAUCUAUGAUAGAGACUUCUACUUUGGGUAUUUUGGAUUCAAAGUCCUAGAGCAGCAGUUUCUUAAACGGAUCAAUGGAAAAAUUGUUGAAAGACCUCAGCAUAUGCUCAUGAGGGUUGCAGUAGAUCUCUUUACAGGAAUUCAUGGAGAAGAUAUAGACUCGGCCAUAGAAACCUACAACCUGCUAUCAGAACAUUUUUAUAUUCAUACGUCUCCCACAUUACAUUCAGCUGCAAUGCUGAAAGCUCAGUUAAUAUCUACUUUUAUAGUAAUGAUGCCUGAUGACAGCAUUGAUGGAAUAUUUGAAUGUAUUUCCAGAUGUGGGAUGAUCUCUAAAUAUGCUGGAAACAUUGGGCUCAACAUCCAUAAUAUCAGGGCUAAAGGUACCUAUAUUGCUGGUACAAAUGGUGUUUCCAAUGGUGUAGUACCAAUGCUUAGAGUCUUCAACAACAUGGCUCUAUAUGCGAAACAGUAUGACACCGGGAGACAUGCAUCAGUGGCUGUUUAUUUAGAACCCUGGCAUGCUGACAUAUUUGAAUUCUUAAAUUUGGGGAAGCCGACCGGCAAGGAUGAAAUCAGGGCGAGGGACUUAUCAUAUGCUCUCUGGGUGCCGGAUUUAUUUAUGAAAAGGGUGGAAAGUAGUGGAGUUUGGUCACUGAUGUGCCCACAUCAAUCUCAAGGCUUGGCUGACCACUAUGGUGACGAAUUUGAAGAAUUAUAUGAAAGGUACGAAUCAGAAGGUAGAUUUAUAAAACAAAUCCCGGCUCAGGAACUGUGGAAAGCCAUCAUAGUAUCCCAAGUAGAAACUGGUGGUCCAUAUAUCCUGUACAAAGAUGCUUGUAACAGGAAAAACAACCAAAAGAACCUAGGUACCAUUCGAUCUGCGAACUUGAGCACUGAAACUGUGUUGUUCUCAUCGCCAGAAGAAAUACCUGCUUGCAGUCAAGCCAGCAUUGCAGUGCCAAAGUUUGUGAAUGUGGCCAAACGGAGUUUUGACUUUGAAAAGUUGAUGGAGGUUACAAGAGCUGUGGUGAGAAACUUGGAUAAGAUUAUCGACGUUAGUUACUAUGCAAUGCCUCAAGAGAAAAGUUCUAAUUUAAAGCACAGGCCUAUUGGCAUCGGAAUACAAGGUCUGGCUGAUACCUUUAUUCUCCUACGAAUGCCUUUUGACAGUCCCGAGGCAGCUCAUUUGGAUAGACAAAUCUUUGAGACCAUCUACUUUGCAGCUUUAACAGCGAGCUGUGACUUGGCCGAGGUCCAUGGACCUUAUGAGUCCUACAAGGGCAGUCCUGCUAGCAAAGGAAAUUUGCAGUUUGACAUGUGGGAGGUGACACCUACUUUCAACUAUGAUUGGAAAUUACUGAAAGAAAGAAUAGCUAAACAUGGAUUGAGAAACUCCUUGCUGGUAUCGCAAAUGCCUUGUAAGACUGGAGCUGAAAUAUUGGGCCAUAAUCCUUCUGUAGAGCCAUACCAGACGUUCAUUUCUGGUAAAGGAGAUUUGCAAGUGAUUAAUCCUCAUCUAUUGCGCGACUUGACUGAGCGGGAUAUGUGGGACGAUAAUAUUAAAUCUGAGAUUUUAGCGAGUAGAGGAUCAAUACAAGGAAUUGCUAGAGUCCCAGAUGAACUCAAAGCCAUAUACAGAACGGUGUGGGAGAUUCCUCAGAAAUCCAUCCUGAUGAUGGCAGCUGAUAGAGCCCCAUUUAUUGAUCAAAGCCAAAGCAUAAACAUACAUAUAGAGAAUCCAUCAUAUGGCAUUUUAUCGUCCAUGCAUUUCUACGGCUGGAAGAAAGGUCUGAAGACUGGCUUGUAUCAUCUGACGACUAAAUCUGGUAUCAAGGUAGCCCAACCAACAGUUGCUAAGGAGAAAACAGCAGUGAAAGAAGAAGAUUUGGCAGAAAUUAAGAGGAAACAGGAUGAAGAGGAAGAAAAGAAUUUGGCUAGUUUAGUUUGUUCUUUGAAAAAUCCGGAAGCUUGCGAUAUGUGUGGUGCCUGAAGCGAUUGAUUAAAAGACUUUAUAUUUCAAGUAAUAUUUAUAAGUGAACAACAAUCAAGGAAUAUUCAUAUUUACAACAAAUGUUUUGUUUCUACUUGUGUGAGUAUCUCUUGUAUUUUGUUCUGUGUUACAUUGUUUUAAAAAUUUGUAUAAACACCACAAAAAGACAUUACAUAAUUGUAUAACCAAAAA